CGCGUCGCCUGUAUUUCCUGACGUAUUCGCUAGAGAGCGGUCGAGACCCAGAUACUAUUUCCGGUACGUCAUCAUUUUGUGCCUACCAACAGCGAGCAGCACUCAAUUCUUUCCUGUAUAAUUGUCUAUAAGGGGACCAAUUCCAGCGUUUCGUCCGCAAUAAACGAUCUUGUUCAAUAACUUAACGUGUGCACAAGGUAUACGGGCUAUUGCUGGCUUGAUUGAUGGCUUCGCCCGGCGGUCAAGGUGGAGGAGGGGGAGGAGCUCUGUCCACUAGGGGUGGAGCCGGCGUCCGCAGGAUGAAAUGGGCUCUGGAGCUGAGCAUGGGCAACGCGCGGAGUCGCGUGGACCGGCAGGGAGGCCAGGGGGACGUGGUGUAUCCUAUCGGUUAUUCUGAGAAGCCGGUCCCAGACAACAGCAUCCAGGAGACGGACAAGAACCUGGUGGAGAAGCGCUGCUGGGACGUGGCCCUGGGACCCCUGAAGCAGAUCCCCAUGAACCUGUUCAUCAUGUACAUGUCGGGGAACACCAUCUCUAUCUUCCCCAUCAUGAUGGUGUGCAUGAUGGCCUGGAGACCCAUCCAGGCCCUCAUGUCCAUGUCUGCCACCUUCAAGCUACUGGAGAGCUCCAGCCAGCAGUGGCUUCAGGGGCUGGUCUACCUUGUGGGGAACCUCCUGGGCUCAGCAUUGGCCAUCUACAAGUGUCAAUCAAUGGGACUGCUGCCAACACACUCGUCGGAUUGGCUGGCCUUCAUAGAACCGCCUCUGAGAAUGGAAAUAAUGGGUGGAGGAAUGGUGCUGUAAGGAACACACCACAUCCAUACACAUACUCACUCAAUGAACACAAACAGAAAAAACAAACACACACCUGUUUGCUUGUACCGUUACUGGAAGAUCAAAACGGACAUCGGAUUCAAGAGGCCAAGACCCAGGUCUUAAUCGGGCCCGGCUUUCUGCUAUAAAAGGGCCAGUUCCACAAUAAUGCACCAUAACUAAAACUACCACCUUUGUGGAACCUGUUGAAUGUGUGUUUUGUAGUUAGUUUUACUCCAUGAUGGCAUUGACAAAGUAUGAUUUGGGGUGUUUUAUUUUGUUUUUUUGAAAUACCAUUUUUCAAUUUUAAGUUUUCAGCUUUCUCUUAGUUUUAAAUCUAGGGAGUCAGCAGGUAUGUGUGCGUCAUGCUGUCUAACCAUCAUAACUAACGUAUGUCUUUCUAAAGAAAAAUAAGUUACAAUGACAUUUUUAUUUAUAACGACUAGCCGUAUGAUAAUUCUUUCUCAAAUAAAAUGUUUGAAAUUGUU